CCAGUGACAGUGAAAGCAGCUCCAGUGGCAGUGAUGAGAACCUUCCAAAGCCUGAGCCACCAGCUGAUAGAAAGUGGCACCUUGACGUCCUGAUGGCCGAGGCAAAGCAGAGAGCAGCGCCAAGAGAGGGUGCCAGGGAAAUUGCCCCUGGGAAUGGGCCUGAGCAGGAGGACAAGCAGGACAUGGGCAGCAGCAGCAACUCCUGCCAGAAGAGCACUGCCCAGGUGGUUCAGGCUCUUGUGCAAGCUCUUCUUCAGAUUAAGCAGAGCUGCCUGGAGCCUCCUGGGCUCACUGAGGAGACCUUGCCCAAGGUGUCAGUGGCUACCAAAAGGCCUGGAGAGCAUCUGGAGCAUGACAAAUCCAAAAGAGUGAGGAAGGAGGAGAGUGAGCCUGGUCCUGUGGAGGUGACACAGCAGUCCUGCAAGGGGCAGCUGAAUAAAGACCCAAAGCUGGCACUUGAGGAGCCCUCUGAGGAGAGAAAGGCCAAGGGCUCCCCCCAGGCCAACACCAAAGGCUAUUUGGACCCUGAGCUGCUGGGAGAUGCUCAGGAACGUGAUGCCCUCAUCCCCAAUGGCCACAGGGCUGGGCAUUUCCACCAGGAGAAAGUGGCCUCACCUCCUGGGGAGAAGAAACUGUUCUUUCCUCCAAGGAAGCCAGACUUGAAGAGGAAAGAAAUGGAGAGUCCAGAGAAGUCCCCCAGAAAGAAGAAGAGAGAAGACAAGGGGGACACUCCCAGGAAGAAAAAGGAGUGAGAAAAAAAAUUCCCACAAGAAUGCCAACCUUCUGCUAAGAAAGACUCCAGGAAACUGAAAGCAUCUGAAGCUUCAUUCCAAACUGAGAGGAAGAAUGUGGUGCUGCCACCACUGCCGGACAUGACUGCUGCACAGCGUGCACCAAACUGGACACGACGACCCGAAAUGGACCCAGAACCGACAGUGACAACCCGGACCUGCCUGCCAUGGACAGCCCUGCCAGGAUCCUUUGCCAAGCAUAGGAAAGUGGAGGAAGAUCUCAGGAUAUCAGCAUGGAUAUCCAGGAGAGCUGGCUGGAGGAUUCCUGCAACCCACGCGUGCUCUGUGUUGUCUUCAUCCCCUCAGAUAAGUAACUCUUCCUGAGCAACUGCAAAUACAAGACUAGUUUAAAAUGGACUCUGUUUAUAAACAGAAAUGUUGGCUUGGUUAUAAAUAAGAGACAGCAAACCUCUGGGUGUGGCUGCAACCUGGGCCUGAAGUUUUAAAUCUUGCUUAGAAAAUUGUUCAUAACCCUUGCAUCUUUGCAUUUCUGGGUUAUAAAAUUGGAUUUUCCUGGCUGUUUUUUUAAAAUUUGGCUGUUUACUGUUGGUUUGUCAGGAUUUAGGAUGUUUGGGGGAGGGUGGGCUGUGGGUUAGGCCAGGGUGUGCACAGUGUUCCUGUUGCCUUCUAACAGCUCCUUUUUCCCUCAUCAUUUUCCAGGCUGCAGGCGUCACUGCUCUCUCCGCCACUGAGCAAGGAAUCCUGCUGCUGAAUUUCUCCAUGCUUGGGAAAAGUUUAAUGGCUACAAAGCAUUGGAUCUGCAGGGGAUAAGAAGAAUCGUUUCCCAGAGACUUUUCCGCCAAAUGAAGACAAGACAAGAAGACAGAAGUUUGAACAAGAUUUCUGCUGAGCAAACGAAGAGAAUGUGACCAGGAGCCGGCCUGACCUCGAGCACUGAAGGAGACAGAAUUUACAGUGACUCUGACUGGAACCCAAGUGCCUUUACUGGGUCUCCAGGAUGUAAAUAGUUCCAUGUUCUCUGGUUUUUGUGGAUAAUUCCAUGUUAUCUGUUUUUUGGAGCCUCAGAAACAGUUCUGUUUUGUUUAUUUUCUUACUGUUCAAUGCAAAGCACUUGCAUACUUUUGUGUUUGUUUUAAGUAAAGUUUUACGUUCUCUUCGUUACCUUAGGAAGACUUUGUGGUUUUUGAGGGUAAUGCUCUUGUGC